AUGGGAAAACCCAAAAGCAACCGCUUUAAAGAUAAAGAUACAGAAAAUUUUUAUUUAGGCGAAAGAGUUCUCAAAUUCCAAGAACUAAGCAAGAGUGAUAAACAGUCAGCACACCGCAAAAUAGUCUUAAUUUAUCAAGCAAAAAAUUGGUCCGAAAUUAUUUUGUAUUUUCCUUACGGAGUUAGUGGCGGUCGUUUAGAGAAAAUUGGCGAUAAAGGCCAGCAUAUAAAAUUAAGUAUUAUGGUAAGAGAUAAAGAUUUACAUCCUAUUCAUCCUGGCGAAAUUUUGCGGGAAGAAUUAUUGAAAACUUACAAGUUAUCUGCUGAACAAUUAGCCCAAAGUAUUCAAGUGGAAAACAAAAUUGUUGAGGAAAUUCUAGCCGAAAAGCAAGAUAUUACGCCCGAACUUUCUUAUCGUCUAGGUUGCUAUUGA